AGUGGCCAAUAACCCAAUACGCCGAAAAGGAAACAAUACAAAAACUCUGACAAGAAAACCCCGCGCUGUCCUUCUCCUGCCUCGGAAAGUAAAAUCAUGAAGAACCGAAACAGAGGCAAAGUCUCACCUAAAUGGAUUGCUAUUCUUUGCAUUUUUAGCUUUGCUCUUGGCAUGCUUUUCUCUAAUAGAGUUUGGACUCCUCCAGAAUCAGAUGGGAUGAUCAUGUUUGGAAGGCGCCAUAAACAAGAAAGAGACUUGGCUUUUAUUUCUGACGAUUGUGAUUCCAAAGAUAACCAGAAGGAGGACAUGAUUGGAGAGUUUAACAAAGCCCAAGUAGCUAUCCAAUCGUUGGAUAAGUCAAUUGCUAAGAUUCAAAGUGAGCUGCCUUCAACUAAGACUCUUCUAACUCCGCGGAAAACUGAAGCAGUUCCUUCCACGAGCACAAAUACUGAAAGAAGUGGGACUAGAAAGAAGGCAUUUAUGGUUAUUGGAAUAAACACUGCCUUCAGUAGUAGAAGGAGGCGUGAUUCUAUUAGAGAAACCUGGAUGCCUCAAGGUGAAAAGCUACUUAGAUUAGAGCAAGAAAAGGGGAUCAUUGUGCGCUUCAUGAUCGGCCACAGUGCAACAUCAAAUAGCAUUUUAGAUCGAGCCAUUGAUAGUGAAGAUGCUCAGCACAAGGACAUUCUUCGACUUGAUCACAUAGAAGGUUAUCAUGAAUUAUCUGCAAAGACGAAAGCUUUCUUCUCGGUUGGAGCUGCAAAAUGGGAUGCUGAGUACUAUGUAAAGGUUGAUGAUGAUGUUCACGUCAAUUUAGGUACACUAGCUGCAACUCUUGCCAAGCACAGGUUAAAACCCAGGGUGUAUAUAGGAUGCAUGAAAUCAGGGCCAGUUCUUUAUAAAAAGAGUGUUAAGUACCAUGAACCUGAGUUCUGGAAAUUUGGAGAGACGGGAAAUAAGUACUUCCGACAUGCAACUGGACAGAUAUAUGCCAUCUCGAAAGAACUGGCAACCUACAUUGCCAACAACAAACCUAUUCUGCAUAAAUAUGCAAAUGAAGAUGUGUCACUCGGGGCAUGGUUGAUCGGUCUAGAAGUUGAGCACAUUGAUGAUCGUAACAUGUGCUGUGGAACUCCUCCUGAAUGUGAAUGGAAAGCACAAGCAGGUAAUGUUUGUGUGGCAUCAUUUGAUUGGAGCUGCAGUGGAAUUUGCAAAUCAGUUGAAAGAAUCAAGCACGUACAUGCAAAAUGCAGCGAAAGUCCUGCUACUCUAUGGGGGGCUCUCAUAUAGACAUCACUAAUCUCAUUAUCCGAAGGUAUUCUUCAACUAUGAUAUCUAUCCUCUCAAAUUUAAGAGGGGUAACUUGUGGAUCAUUUGGAAAGACCAAGCCCAAGCUACAAAAGACAACUAAUAGUGCAGAUCUUGGUGGAGCUGUUUAUAUGACAUGAAAAGAAUAUACAUGUUGCUUGCUAGAGGCUGUUGAUAAGGAGACCAUAAAUAGGAGGAAGACUUUAGUCUUCACUUAGUAUAA